AUGGCAGUCAGUCUCAGGAAUGGUAGAGAUUUAGAUAGAGGGCAGGAAAUUGCACAAGCCAGCAAGAAUACUACACCAGCUACUCCAGUUCAAUUAGAGGAUGAAAAAGGCAAAGAAAAGGAGACCGAGCAAGUUGCAGAACAGGUUACACCUCUUGAGCCAGAAAUUCCUAAUAGAGAGAAGCCAGCCAGCAAUGCACCAAAGGGUGAUACCUGCACCCUUCCCUCAGAGACUGGUCAAGCAAAAGAAGGCAGACCAAUACAAAAAGUUCAUGGAGAUACUGCGUCAAAUCCAUUUGAAUAUUCCAUUGAUGGAUUCCUUGAGGGUGAUGCCCGCGCAGUAGUAGCAAAACCAAAGGCCCAAAAGAUGUCCGACCCAGGUAGCUUUACUGUUCCAUGCACCAUAGGGAGUUAUGCCUUUGCAAAGGAGUUAUGUGAUUUAGGAGCCAACAUAAAUCUGAUGCCGCUGACAGUGUACACCAAAUUGGGCAUCGGUAGAGCCAGACCGACUUCUAUGCUGCUCCAGCUGGCUGAUCGCACUGUGAAAAGACCAACUGGUAGAGAAGCUAUUACAGACAUAAAGGGUAUCAACCCAGCCUUUUGUAUGCAUAAGAUUCUCCUGGAAGAGGGGCAAAGACCUUCCAGAGGGGCACAGACCAUCCAGGGAACAUCAGCGAAGGCUGAACCCUAA